AUGACCUCGAAAAGACCCUGGAAAGUCUCCGACACGUAUGCUCCUGCAUCCGUCCCGCGAGGGCGUUCUACCAAUGCCUCCAUCUUACCCUCCAUCGGUUUCCCCGCUUCGGUGCGCACCCCUUGCCUCCCGAUGCCAUCGCUGAUCUGUCGUGGUUCGCCGACAUUCUCCGUGUCGGGCACCUUUCGAACGUACCCACAACUAUCCUCACUGGCUCAUCCUUACCAAGUCCUUGAAAUGGACGCGAGCGACGAGGGCCUGGCAGUCCUUUUCCCAACCCAACGUCGUUUCAUUCACCUUGAAUGGGACGCCGUCGUAACCACGUUGAUUCAGCAAUGCUCGAAUCCGAGAAUGGAGAAAAUGGCUUCGGUCAAUCACAAGUCCGACAACAGCCCACAGAUGGCAUCCACCCAAUCACAAUUCUCCAUCAACGUUCGCGAGCACUUCUGCAUCGCCCUUGCCAUCGCCACCUGGGGCCCACUCCUCACCGACCCCCUCGGCCAUAAUACUGUGCACGUGGAAACCCUCACGGACAAUACUAGCGCCCUAGCAUGGUCCACUUCGCUCGUCAGCAGCAACUCCUACAGAACGCAACCGGUGGCUCGGUCUGCAUCAAGCGAUGCACCAACUGCACGUGUCAUCCUGGCACAUACAAGGGGCGCAGAACACCAACCCCGACGCAGGCUCGCGAGCACGUCGCGAACCAUACCGCACCAUAUGGCAAACCGCAACAGCAGGUUGGACCGAGUCCCCAGUGGCACCCGAGUACCGCCGGACGUACCAAGCAUCUCACAUCUCCACCGCGCCUCACUGGCCCCAUCAUCCAACGACCGCUACUCUCGCGUCUGGAAAGAUUGGCAAUCGUGCCAACACUCCCACGGGAAUUCGCAGUGGUUACCUCGAGACCCCAUCCUCCAAUCCUCAGCUAUGUUCGCGUUCGCAACAUUUCUCUGGAGCUCCCCAACAAAUCGUCAAAACAGCGCUACAACAAUCCUGUCCAAAAUCGCAUCAUCUCGCGGCACCAUCGAUGCUCCCUCAACUAAACUGCACGGCUCAACCCUGCCCACCUUACCCAAAUCCGAGGAAUGUUGCGUAUCCGUCCUCCAAUCCACGCCAAAGAACCCGUGUCCAUCGCUCUCCUGCUCGCCUUUCGUCAACGAAUACGCCUGCCAAGACAGCCACGACCGAGUCAUCUGGUGCUCUACGGUCCUGGCUUUCUUCUUUCUUCUGCGUCGCUCCGAAUACACAGCUGUCGACAACAAGUCCACUGACCACGCCAUCCGGCUCCGCGACGUUUCAUUACUCGACAAACUCGGACGGGCAAGUCGAAACUACGACGACAUCCGAGUAGUGCAAGUCUGCAUUCGAAGUUCCAAGACCGACCAACACUCUAACGCUGCAGCCUGGGUCCUCAUUGACAACGCUCAAUCAAUCGGAGCCUCACCAAACGACCCAAUAUGCUGCCCUUCGCGUGGACAUGCGAUCAAAUCAGACGCCAUCUCAAAAUGCCUCAAGGAAGCGGCCAGCGCGAUUGGCCUGGAAGAUUCAAAAUACUCCACGCACUCCCUCCGAAGCGGCGGUGCAACAGCUCUCUUCCGCGGCGGCGCCUCUGACCUCGCCAUGGCACUCUGA